CUUAAAGUGGAGCACUGUCUCAAAACAGGAAAUGAAAUCGUUCAUCGGUCUCUGCAUAACUUUUGGGAUAAUGAAACUACCAACUUGCCGGGAUUACUGGAGACAGAGCAAGUGGCUGUAUCAGACAAAUGUCCCCCGAGUGAUGGCACGAGAUCGCUUCGACAUGAUCUGGAGAUAUCUACAUCUCCAAGACAACACUGACCCUAAAGUGGACAAAUCGGACAGGCUAUGGAAACUGCGGUGCUUCUUGGACCUCCUCCUGAACCAAUACCAGGCCCUUUAUGAAGUUAAUGGUAUCGUGACCGUGGACGAGUCCAUGGUCAAGUACAAAGGGCGGCUGGCAUUCCGGCAGUACCUCCCCAUGAAGCCAGUAAAAUGGGGAGUGAAGGUAUGGGUGAUGGCUGAAAGUACAACUGGCUACGUCACCAGCUUUCAGGUGUAUACGGGGGCCACAGAGAGCAAGGCGGAGAUCAACCUGGCGCACCGCAUCGUCACCGACCUGGCCAGCCCAUACUAUGGAUCACACCUGUCUGUUUACAUGGAUAACUUCUACACAAGCGUGCCCUUGCUGGUUUACCUGAAGGCAAGGGGAAUUCAGGCUUGUGGGACGGUGCGCUCAAACAGAAGGGGCCUACCGAAGACCAAGGAGCUCAGCAAGCAGGCUGGCAUGGCCAGGCAUCAGUAUCGGGUGGCUCAACAGGAUGAGCUGACCUUGUGCGUGUGGCAGGACACCAAGGCAGUGAUGGUCCUGUCCAACCACCAUGACCCCAUGGCUUUGGGGUCAGUGAAAAGGAAGAUCGAGCAUCAGCGUCAGGUGGAGGUCAAGGUGCCAGCCUGCCUUGCUGACUACCAGCAACAUAUGAAGGGUGUAGACCUGCUCGACCAGAUGGUGGAGUACUACCAAAUCGAUCACAGGUCUUCGAAGUGGUGGAGGAGGCUGUUUUUUUUUUUUAUUUUUUGUCUGUGGUGUGCUACAAAUGCAUUUGUGGCUGCCAGAUCUGCUGGUGGAGAUGAAUGGAAGUACAGGAAGAGUGGCUACAAAGCCUGGUUGGAGGACUUAACAAUGGAACUGUGCGUCCCAGUAACCAAGAGAAGUGCUCCCCACCAGAUGCUCCCCACCAGCCUAUCUGGAGCUUCAGCUGGGCAUGAUCUGGCCCAGAUCAGCAACAAGAGAAAGACCUGCAGGGAUUGUGCCAAAAAGCACACUGGCACCAAUGUGCGCCUGGGGUCUACACUGAUGGGAUGAAAGCAGUGCAAUAUUCCCCUGCACCACGAGUGCUUCAUGCACCACGUUCUACGACAGUAGUGUGUGUGUAAGAUGGGUGUGUGUGAGGUCAGUGUCAGUCUUUGGAAAUUUGUUCCUCCGGUCGUUUCCCCCGGUCAUUUCCUCCAGUUCCUCCUCAGGACUUUCACCACUUCUCCUCACUCCUUUCCCACCUUUCUCCCAUGACAAAGUGU